CGCACACAUUGAGCACAGAGAGCCACGGCUCCGUGCGCGACAUGAGCGGAUCCGUGCGGGUGUUUUAACGGCAUGACGGCGGAUCGGAGGAGCUGCAGCUGAAGGAGGAGAGCCGGUAGAGACGCUCCAGCCCCGGAGAACCGAAGAGAGGAGCGGCGGAGAGCGAGAGGCAGAGCGCCGGGGAAUCAUGCGGGGUCCUGCGCUCCGGCUGCUGGGUCUCGUGUGGCACCUCUCCGCGCUUUUACGCACCGCGCAAACGUACAAACUCCACCACAAACAAGAGAGCUUCAUCAGACAGCUGUCAGCAUAUGAGAUCAUCACCCCGGUGCGCUUGAAUGAUUUUGGAGAGUCGUUCCCGCACCGGCUGCAUUACCGCAGGAGGAGGCGCAGCGCUGACGCGGAGGUCUCGGGUUCGAGGGCUCAUUACCGGUUCGAGGCGUUCGGUCAGGCGUUUCACCUGAACCUCACGGCUGAUUCUGGAUUCAUUGCUCCGUCUUACACGGUGCUUCAUCUGGGAGAGGAAGAGAAGCGUGGAGACGCCGCAGACCUGCGCCACUGUUUCUUCAGAGGACAUGUCAACGAUCGCAGGGAACACCACGCCAUCUUUAGCCUCUGCACUGGACUACUUUCAGUGUUGGGGAAACAGCUGUCAGCAUAUGAGAUCAUCACCCCGGUGCGCUUGAAUGAUUUUGGAGAGUCGUUCCCGCACCGGCUGCAUUACCGCAGGAGGAGGCGCAGCGCUGACGCGGAGGUCUCGGGUUCGAGGGCUCAUUACCGGUUCGAGGCGUUCGGUCAGGCGUUUCACCUGAACCUCACGGCUGAUUCUGGAUUCAUUGCUCCGUCUUACACGGUGCUUCAUCUGGGAGAGGAAGAGAAGCGUGGAGACGCCGCAGACCUGCGCCACUGUUUCUUCAGAGGACAUGUCAACGAUCGCAGGGAACACCACGCCAUCUUUAGCCUCUGCACUGGACUAAUCGGCACGUUCACGACGCACAGCGGUCAGUUCUUCCUGGAGCCGCUGCUGAGCGCUGAUGGAGACGAGUAUGAGGAAGAGCACAACAAACCUCACCUGCUCUACAGACACGAGUCACAUGACUCUCAGCCAUGCAGCGCCUCAGAUCGUCCCGUCCAUCACAUCAGUCUCCAUAGCAACAGAACUCUGGAGGAGGAAGUGAUGUCGAUACAGGAAACGAUGCGUUCCGAAGACGGCUCUCAUUCCCGCCGGAAGCGCUUUCUGUCGUAUCCGCGAUUCGUGGAACUGAUGGUGACGGCCGACGCCAAGAUGGUGCGACAUCACGGACACAACCUGGAGCACUACAUCCUCACAAUCAUGUCAGUAGUUGCUGCGAUCUACAGAGACCCCAGUGUAGGAAACCUCAUCAACAUCGUGAUCGUCAAACUCAUCGUCAUACACAACGAACAGGAAGGGCCGAAUAUAAACGUCUACGCCACUGCGACGCUUCAUAACUUCUGCAUGUGGCAGCAGAGUCACAACGUUUUGGACGACAGUCACCCGGGUCAUCACGACACGGCGCUGCUCAUCACCAGGGAGGACAUCUGCCGAGCAAAGGACAAGUGUGACACGUUAGGUCUGGCGGAGCUGGGGACGAUGUGCGACCCGUACCGAAGCUGCUCCAUCAGCGAGGAGAACGGCCUGAGUGCAUCCUUCACCAUCGCUCACGAGCUCGGACACGUGUUCAACAUGCCUCAUGACGACAGUCCGAAGUGCCGCGAGGCGGGAAUCAAGCAUCAGUACCACGUCAUGGCCCCGACCCUCAACUACGACACCAGCCCCUGGUCCUGGUCCAAAUGCAGCCGCAAAUACAUCACGGAUUUCCUGGACACUGGUUAUGGUGAAUGUCUCCUGGACGAGCCUUUGGGGAGGAUGUAUAACCUUCCCAGCCAGCUUCCGGGUCAACUCUACAACGCCAACCGGCAGUGUGAACUCAUGUUCGGCCCCGGCUCCCAAGUCUGUCCGUUUAUGAAACAGUGCAAGCGUCUCUGGUGCACCAGUGCGGAGGGCGACCAUAAAGGAUGUCGUACGCAGCACAUGCCACUCGCUGAUGGGACCGAAUGUGGCUAUGGAAUGCACUGCAGGCACGGCAUGUGUGUGAAUAAGGAGAUGGACAUGAAGCCGGUUCAUGGUGAAUGGGGCCCCUGGGGCCCCUACAGUGUUUGUUCCAGGACCUGUGGAGGAGGAACACGCAGCACAACCAGAGACUGCAAUAAACCAGAGCCGAGGAACGGGGGCCGGUUUUGUGUGGGCCGCAGAAUGAAGUUCCGCUCGUGUAACACGGAUCCGUGUCCCCGCGGCCGGAGGGAUUUCAGGGAAGAGCAGUGCGCGCAGUUCGACGGGAAACACUUCAACAUCAACGGACUGCCGCCCUCCGUCCGCUGGGUGCCGAAGUACAGCGGCAUUCUGAUGAAGGAUCGCUGUAAACUCUUCUGUCGUGUCGUGGGGACGAUGGCGUACUAUCAGCUGAGGGAUCGGGUCGUCGACGGGACCCCGUGUGGACCGGACACGUAUGAUAUCUGUGUACAAGGCCUCUGCAGGCAAGCAGGUUGUGACCAUGUUUUGAACUCGAAGGCCAGAAAUGAUAAGUGUGGCGUCUGUGGAGGAGACAACUCUUCAUGUAAGACCCUCGCUGGAACCUUCAACAACUCACAAUACGGUUAUAACGUUGUGGUUCGAAUUCCUGCUGGUGCGACCAACAUCGAUAUAAAGCAGGUCAGCUACUCAGGAUUGCCAGAAGAUGAUAACUACCUCGCUUUGUCUGACAAUCAGUCCAACUUCCUCCUGAACGGGAACUUCGUGGUGUCCAUGUUUAAAAGGGAGAUCACCUUUAAGGGAGCAGAGAUCGAGUACAGCGGAUCUAACACCACGGUUGAGCGGAUCAACUGCACGCAGCGGAUCGAGGAGGAGCUCGUGCUGCAGGUUCUGUGCGUGGGAAACCUGUAUAAUCCUGACGUCAGAUAUUCCUUCAGUAUUCCCAUCGAGGAGCAGAGAGAGCAGUUCGUGUGGGAUCUGUCAGGCCCCUGGCAGGAGUGCAGCCGCAUGUGUCAAGGUGAGCGGCGGCGGAAGGCCGUGUGUGUUCGUAAGAGUGAUCAUUUGGUGGUUUCGGAGCAGAGGUGUGAGAAUCUACCUCGACCCAGAGGCACGAUGGAGCCCUGCAAUACUGACUGUGAACUCCGGUACAAGCACACGACGCCUCUCAUGCUUUAUAUUAGUAAUGCAGCAUGCUCGAAGAGCUGCGGACACGGCGUCCGGACGCGGCAGGCGUACUGUAUGAACAAUCUGGGUCGCAGGCUGGUGGAGCGAGAGUGUAGCGAGCAGCAGAGAGUCCUGAGCGAACCCUGCAAUGACGUGCCCUGUCCUGACUGGAGCGCCAGCGAAUGGAGCGAGUGUCUGGUGACAUGCGGGAAGGGCGUCAGACACCGACAGGUGCUUUGCAUUCUGGGAGACGAGAAGCUGAAUGAGCAGCGCUGUGACCCAAACACCAAACCCUCGGCGGUGGGCGGCUGUGAGCUUCCCGAAUGUGCGUCCUGGCAGGUCGGAGCCUGGAGUCCGUGCACGGUGAGCUGCGGUCAGGGCUAUCAGAUGCGUGCGGUCAGGUGUGUGUCGGGAGCUUACGGCGAGACAAUGGAUGACAGGGAUUGUAACGCAGCCGCCAGACCUCGAGACAGUCAGGACUGUGAGUUGUCAGCUUGUCCUCGCGCAGCGUCAGUGUUUAACACACCCAGACCAGCAGAAGUGGGUCAGAGACACACACAGUGGAGAUACGGCUCAUGGACCAGCUGCUCGGUGUCGUGUGGUGUGGGUCGCUCCACGCGGCGGGUCGUGUGCAUGAGCUACCAUCAUCAGCUGGACGAGUCGUUCUGUGACCCAGACGAGCGUCCCAGCACUGAGCAGGAGUGUGCGGCCGCCCCCUGCCAAUCCUCCUACCACUGGCCUAACAACCAGCCCCACUUUCCCUUGAAUAUUCGUUUUUUUUCACACGAACUUCAUUCGGACAAGGUCGUGGUUUGUCAGGACGCAGACGGACGCAGCACCAAUCACUGCGACGAGAGAGUCAAACCCGACCAAUCCAAGAGCUGCGACUCCGGACCCUGUCCACACUGGAACUACGGCGUCUGGGGACAGUGCUCACCCUCAUGUGGCGGCGGUCAGCGCACGCGUCUAGUGGUCUGUCAGCGUCCGAGCGGUCAGAGGUUAAACGAGCACAGCUGCGACGCUCUGGACAAACCGGCCGAUGUGGAGCAGUGUAACGGCCAGCCCUGCGCCGCCGCUGCUUCAUGGCACAGACGAGCGUGGAAGCCGUGCUCGGUGUCCUGCGGGAAGGGAAUCAAAGAGCGGCAGAUCGUCUGCGUCGAUCAGAACCAAACACAGAUCCAGGAGCACAGCUGCGCUCAUCUCAUCCCACCCAGAACACAGAAGGCCUGUCGGGCCGGACCAUGCCCCUCCUGGAGAGCCAAUCGGUGGAGAGGGUGUUCGGCAAGCUGCGGCGCUGGCCUUCAGUCGCGUGAGGUCUUCUGCAGGUCAAAGGGCAAAGGUCGCGUCUCUGAUGAGCUGUGUGACGCGCUCCUGCGUCCCGAUCGCCUCCGCUCCUGCUUCCACACCGACUGCCAGACGCACAGCUGGUCAACACACGACUGGAAGGACUGUAGCGCGAGCUGUGGCCGCGGCGUGAGGUCCAGAUCUGUGUUUUGUGUGGACGGCGGGAUGAAGGCGGCUCCGGACAGCGUGUGUGACGCUUCUCUCAAACCCCACACACACGAGCCGUGUCACAGCGCCACCUGCCUGUACGUCUGGAUCAGCACCGCAUGGAGUCAGUGCUCGGUGAGCUGUGGCUCUGGACUCCAGCGGAGGGUGCUGCACUGCUCUGCUGUGACCUCUGACCUGCAGACGUAUUCACAUGCAUCUCCCUCCGACUGCAUCGAGCGCCCGCCGGCUGACAGCAGGCCGUGUGUCCUGUCUGAGUGUCCGUCUGCGGGCCGCUGGAGCGCCGGGCCGUGGAGCCAGUGCUCUCAGACGUGCGGCGCUGGAGUCAUGCACAGGACGGUCCAGUGUCUCAGCGCUCAAAACCUCCCGUCUCAGAGCUGCCCGCUGUCCAGCCGGCCGGAGACACACGCCACCUGCAGACAGGCCGACUGUGAGCUGCACACGAGCUGUCGAGAAGUUCAGGUGAAGGGAGGCGUUCAGAAAGAUGGAGAGCAUUACAUCAAAGUCCGGUCCAAGAUCCUGCAGAUCUACUGCGCCGAGAUGCAGAGCGGUUUCCCCAAAGAGUACGUGACCCUGCGCAGCGGCCAGACCGACAAUUACUCCGAGGUGUACAGAUACAGGCUGCAGAACCCCUUUGAAUGUCCGUAUAACGGCAGUCGGCGGCAGGACUGCGCCUGCAGGAACGAUUACACUGCGGCCGGUUACACCGUCUUUCACCGCGUACGGCUCGAUCUUUCCAGCAUGUGCAUCAUCCCGACUGAUUUGAAGUUCAGUCGGACGUUGUUUGGUCGCUCCGUCCCGUUUGCGUCCGCAGGAGACUGUUACAGCGCUGCUAAAUGUCCUCAGGGUCAGUUUAGUAUAAAUCUCAGUGGAACAGGACUGAAGGUCGCAGAAUCCACUAAAUGGGUUUCCCAAGGCAACUACGUCACGGUCAAAGUUCACCGUUCAGAAGACGGUAGCAGAAUCUACGGCCGCUGCGGCGGUUUCUGUGGGAAGUGUCUUCCUCAUCCUCAUACGGGCCUUUUUGUCAAAAUCCAGUAA